AUGACAUCCCCAAAGUUGACAGUUGGCCAGAAGGCUGCUAAAUCUGUCCACAUUGUUGAACGUAAGCUGAGAAGCAGCCCAGUUUUUGUCACCCUCAUCGUGUUUACAUUUAUUCUUUAUUUGGCUGUGUUGGUCUUGAAUUGUCUGGCCGUGGCUCCACAUCAUAGUUCAGGUCUUUUUCAACAUGGAACUGUGAACGUGGCCAGAGUUUUGUCAUUCAACUUUAUGCCAGCUUGGUGGACAUUCUACAUCGGAGCAGUCAUCUACCUAUUGCAGCUGCUGUGGGUGACCUACAGCCUCGUGCUUACCUGCCUUGAGGUCAGCCAGGAGCCUGCAUACCUGAAUCCCGUCAUCCUCUCACCUGCGUUCUACAUCUUCUUUAACCUCAGCUCAGUUUUCAAUAUUGGCUGGUUGUUUUUGUGGGACAAGUUAUUGCAUUUGGCUUCUUUCAUGUUUCUUGCUUGUAUUGCUCUUUCCUUAAUUCUCACAACUGCCAUUGUCGCUUCCAGGAUGGUGAUGUUUAAGGACACUUUAAUUGACCAGAACCGAUUCAAAGAGUUGAAAUUCUUACAAAUAACGGUUGUCAACAGUGUGGCAAUGUAUGCCACGUGGGCUGUCGUUUGUGCACUGUUAAAUCUGGGCAUGAUUUUGGUGUACAAAUGGGAUCGGCAGCUCUCCGAAGAGGUUACAGCUAUUCUUUGUGUCAGUGUUCUUGCAUUUAUGUCUCUGGUUUAUGUCAUCCUGGAUUCCACUUUGAUUGCGCGUUACACCAGAUAUUGUCUGACGCCGUAUGUCGUUGUUAUCUGGACACUGGCUGGCUCUGUGGCUGAGAAUUACAAUCCAGGAAAUCUGUCGUCAAUCAUGUCAACAUUUUUCGUUGGUGCCAUUUCUCUUGCAUUCUGCGUCAAACUAGGGCUGACUUGUUUCCGUUCCACCAGCAGGAAUGGUCAGUACACACUCAUGAAAACAGCCCUGGAAGACGACUGUGCCAAUUAG